AUGCGGAGGUUAGAAGGAACCAUACUCGUAUCGACUUGCCGCCACUUCUGUACGCUCUCACCGCCCAGUUUGAAUCACAUGCAUGCAAUCCCAUUUCCUGAUCCCAAUCCCACACCCCGAAACACUGUGUCGUCCAACAAAUUGAUUGCCCGUUACGUCAGAAAUGGCCAAACACAAAUCGCCCACAACCUGUUCGAUGAAAUGCGUGUCAAAGACGUAGUAUCCUGGAACACCAUCUUAUCGGGGUUGCACAACGCCAAAGACCCACACGGGAUUCAUCAGCUUCUCUUGCAAAUGAGAAGAGAUGGGUUUGGACCAAAUGAGUACACCAUCUCCAUAGUAUUGAGAGCCUUUUUGGGGACUGUACUCAAUGUGUUGGUCUCGCAGAUUCAUGCCUUUGCAAUAGUCUUGGCGCUCAACUCGUCUGUGUUUGUUGGGUCUGCACUUAUGAAAGGGUAUGCAAAUAUAGGGGAUCGAGUUGCUAUGGCUUGUGUGUUUGAUGAGAUUUCGGCCAAGGAUGUGUCGUCUUGGAAUGCAUUGAUUUCGAGUUAUGUGGAAUUGGGGUGCUUGGAUGAGGCUCAAAGAGUUUUUGAUGGGAUGCUGGAGAGGAAUGUAGUUUCUUGGACUAGUUUAGUGAAUGGAUAUAUCAGAAAUAGGAGGGUUGACAAAGCUCGCUCUGUUUUCGAUAAAAUGAGUGGGAAAAAUGUGGUCUCAUGGACUGUUAUGAUCAGUGGUUAUGUGAAGAACCAGAGAUUUUUAGAUGCUUUGGAACUUGUCCUCUUGAUGUUGAAAUCAGGGACUCUGCCCAAUCAGUUCACAUUUUCAAGUGUGCUGGAUGCAAGUGCUGGUUGUUCUUCACUUAUUUUCGGUCAGCAAGUUCACUCGAGCAUCUUAAAGACUGGCAUACCGGAGGAUGUGACCUUGUCAACGUCUCUUGUUGAUAUGUAUGCUAAGUGUGGUGAUAUUGAUGCAGCGUAUUGUAUUUUUGGAUCCAUGCAAAAGAAAAACUUGAUAUCCUGGAACUCAAUAAUAGGAGGUUAUGCAAGGCAUGGAAUUGCUACAAGAGCAUUGGAGGAGUUUGAGAGAAUGACCGACUGUGGUGUUAGGCCUGAUGCGAUUACAUUCACAAACGUGCUAUCAGCUUGUGCACAUGGUGGGAUGAUUGAAGAUGGAAAAAGCCUCUUUAACUCCAUGAAGGCAAAGUUCGAAGUGGAACCAGAGGUGGAGCAUUAUGCUUGCAUGGUAGACCUCUAUGGGAAAGCAGGUGAGCUGGAGGAAGCUGAGAAGUUGAUACAAGGGAUGCCAUAUCAGCCGGAUGUUGUUGUUUGGUGUGCGUUACUUGGUGCUUGUGGUUUGCAUUCAAGUUUGGAACUUGGUAAGUUUGCUGCAAAGGAACUUGAUAAACUGGAAAGUGACCAUCCUGCAAUAUUUUCAACGCUUUCAAGAAUUCAUGGGGAAAGAGGAGUUUGGAAUAGUGUGCUCAAGUUAAGGAAGACAAUGAAAGAGAAAGGUGUUCAAAAGCAGAAUGCAGGUAGCUGGGUUGAGUCUGCACAAGUAAGUAGAUAG